AUGUCAGACGAAGGAUCAGAGUUGGAGAUAUCCUCAGCUAAACAGACCGUCGAUCCCAUAAAGUCAUUCUUGUCAGGUGGAUUCGGUGGUAUAUCCUGUGUGUUGGUAGGACACCCUUUCGAUCUGACGAAAACGAGAUUGCAAACUGCCGCUCCGGGGACUUAUAGUGGCGCGGUAGAUGUGGUCAGGAAGACUAUCGCUCAGGAUGGCAUAAGGGGUAUGUACAGAGGUAUCACACCUCCCAUCUUAGGAGUCACUCCAAUUUUCGCAAUUUCUUUCUGGGGUUACGAUCUCGGUAAACGAAUAGUAUACUCCCUCACUCCAGAUAGGACGUCUCAAACAUUGUCCAUAUCCGAGCUUGCAUUUGCGGGUGGAUUCAGUGCUAUUCCAGCUACGUUGGUGGCUGCCCCAGCCGAAAGAGUCAAAGUGUUAUUACAGGUACAAGGUCAAGGUGGUCAAUCGUUAUAUACCGGACCUAUAGAUGUCGUAAGGAAAUUGUACGCCGAAGGUGGAUUAAGAAGUUUGUUCAGAGGUACAAUCGCUACUUUAGCAAGGGAUGGUCCGGGAAGUGCAGUAUAUUUCGCUACGUAUGAAUUACUUAAGAAACAACUUUCAUCUUCCCCUGAGACCUUACCAAAUGGUGAAAAAGCUCCUGCACCUCCGUUGUCGUUACCUGCUAUUAUGGCUGCGGGAGGUACGGCAGGUGUGGCUAUGUGGAGUUUGGCUAUUCCUCCUGAUACCAUCAAGUCACGUCUUCAAUCUGCUCCUCACGGUACCUACACAGGAUUUAUGGAUUGCGCUAGAAAACUGAUCGCUGCGGACGGUGUGACUGCUUUGUGGAAAGGGUUCGGUCCAGCUAUGGCAAGAGCUUUCCCUGCUAAUGCCGCUACAUUCGUAGGAGUGGAAUUGUCCCUUAAAGCGAUGGAGAAAUUAUGGUAG